UGCCAUCAUGGUGGGCCCCUGGAGAUGGCUGGCAGUCUGUGUGCUGGCCAUGUCCCUGGCCUCUGCGGUGACGGAGAAUGUGUGCCGAGCCCCAGAUGGGAAGGCCGGGGCUGCAGGAAGACCUGGCCGACCAGGGCGGCCAGGCCUCAAGGGGGAGCAAGGGGAGCCAGGAGCCCCUGGCAUCCGGACAGGCAUCCGAGGCCUUAAAGGAGACCAAGGGGAAUCUGGGUCCCCUGGAGCCCCUGGCAAGGUGGGCUACCCAGGGCCCAGUGGCCCCUUGGGGGACCGUGGCCUUCCAGGAUUGAAGGGCAUCAAAGGCAACCCAGGAAACAUCAGGGACCAGCCACGGCCGGCCUUCUCAGCCAUCAGGCGGAGUCCGCCAACAGGUGGCAACGUGGUCAUCUUCGAUACGGUCAUCACUAACCAGGAAGGCCGAUACCAGAACAACUCAGGCCGGUUCGUCUGUGCUGUGCCUGGCUACUAUUACUUCACCUUCCAGGUGGUGUCCAAGUGGGACAUCUGCUUGUCCAUUGUGUCCUCCUUGAAAGGCCAGAUCCGGCGUUCCCUGGGCUUCUGUGACACCAACAGCAGGGGGCUCUUCCAGGUGGUGUCUGGGAGCACGGUGCUCCACCUGCAACAAAAUGACCAGGUCUGGAUCGAAAAAGACCCCAACAAGGGCCGCAUUUACCAGGGCUCCGAGGUUGACAGCAUCUUCAGCGGCUUCCUCAUCUUCCCAUCUGUCUGGACGGACAUGGUGCCCAACUGCCGGCCCCACCUCCAGCUAAACCUGCUGCUGCUCCUGCUGGUGCUGCCCCUUGGGGGCCAGGCCAGCACAGGCUGCUAUGGGAUCCCAGGAAUGCCGGGCCUGCCCGGGGCCCCCGGGAAGGACGGGCACGACGGACUGCCAGGGCCCAAGGGGGAACCAGGAAUGCCAGCCAUUCCCGGGACAAGAGGGCCCAAGGGACACAAGGGAGAACCCGGCAUACCUGGACAUCCUGGGAAAAAUGGCCCCAUGGGGCCUCCUGGUUUGCCAGGCGUUCCUGGCUUCAUGGGCCCCCCCGGAGAGCCCGGCGAGGAGGGCAGAUACAAGCAGAAGCACCAGUCAGUGUUCACGGUCACUCGGCAGACAGCCCAGUACCCAGAGCCCAACAGCCUCGUAAAGUUCAACACGGUCAUCACCAACCCACAGGGGGACUACAACACGGGCACUGGCAAGUUCACCUGCAAAGUCCCCGGCCUCUACUACUUUGUCUACCACACGUCGCAGACAGCCAACCUGUGCGUGCAUCUGUACCACAACAAUGUCAGGGUGACCACCUUCUGUGACCACAUGUCCAACAGCAAGCAGGUCAGCUCAGGCGGCGUGCUGCUGCGGGUACAGGUGGGCGACGAAGUGUGGCUGGCUGUCAAUGACUACAAUGGCAUGGUGGGCACAGAGGGCUCCGACAGUGUCUUCUCCGGCUUCCUGCUCUUCCCCGACUAUGUGGUGAUGAAGACCCUGUCAGGUGGCAUCCUGGCACUGCUGCCUCUGAUGCUCUUGGGGCAGUCUGAUGUCUCCAGGGCCCAGAGCAGCUGCUCUGGGCCCGCGGCCAUCCCUGGUAUUCCAGGCAUCCCUGGUGCACCUGGCUCUGAUGGCCAACCUGGGACCCCAGGGACAAAAGGAGAGAAAGGGCUUCCAGGUUUACCUGGAGACCACGGUGAGUUUGGAGAGAAGGGGGAUCCAGGGCUUCCUGGGAAUCCAGGAAAAGUCGGCCCCAAGGGCCCUGCUGGCCCUAAAGGUGCCCCAGGGCUCCCUGGAGCCCCUGGCCCUAAGGGUGAAUCAGGAGAUUACAAGGCCACCCAGAAAGUCGCCUUCUCUGCCUUAAGAACCAUCAAUACUCCCCUGCGACGGGACCAGGCCAUCCGCUUCGACAGCGUGGUCACCAACGUGAACAACAACUACGAGCCUCGCAGUGGCAAGUUCUCCUGCAAGGUGCCCGGUCUCUACUACUUCACCUACCACGCCAGCUCUCGAGGGAACCUGUGCGUGAACCUCGUGCGGGGCCGGGAGCGCCAGCAGAAGGUUGUCACCUUCUGCGACUACGCCUAUAAUACCUUCCAGGUCACCACAGGUGGUGUGGUCCUCAAGCUGGAACAGGGAGAGAGUGUGUUCCUGCAGGCCACUGACAGGAACUCUCUGCUGGGAAUCGAGGGUGCCAACAGCAUCUUCUCGGGGUUCUUGCUCUUCCCAGAUGUGGAGGCAUGACCUGGGGGGCUGAGUCACACCCACCUUGUCCCCCUAGCCAGCAACACUCACUUUGCCCCAAACACCACCCCCUGCCC